UGGUGACGAAGACUCACGUAGAUGAAGCUCAACACCUUGUCUCAGAGUUGCUCAGGUGGGUCUGUCAGAGGAGACCUGGGCCCCUGGACAGAAAGACCCGGACCUGGAUGGAGUCCACUCUCCACAAAGCUCCAGGUGGAGCAGGCGCUGCAGGUGUCGAGCACCCGGCAGCUGUCCCCCUGCCCAGUGGUUUGCCACCGCUCACUGAGGAGGCAGAGCCUGCAAGUCUGGAAGAGAACAUUCAGCCCGGACACCCGUCAGGAGCUAGAGAUGGACAGGAUCUGUACUCAUUUGACAGCUCACUGUCCUCUGACAGCGAGGACGAGGGUCUUGGCAAGAAACCAACGAAGAAGAAGAAGCUAAAGAAGAAGAAGAAGAAAGGUUCCAGCUCCUCCUCAUCUUCUUCAUCGUCCUCCUCCUCCUCCUCAUCUUCCUCCUCUUCCUCUUCUUCCAGCAGCUCCUCAGAAAGUGACAGUGAGGAUGACAAGAAGAAGAAGAAGAAAAAGGACAAGAAGAAGAAGAAGGAUGAGUAUAUCUGGGACAAUGUUGUCAUAUCUCAGUGUGGUCCUGAUGACCAGAUGGAGCAGGUGUCUGGAGACGGUCUGAAGAAGAUCAUGGAUUUGGACUCAUCAGAUGACCAGGACGACAAGAAAGACAAAAAGAAGAAGAAGAAGAAGGACAAGAAAAAGAAAGACAAGAAGAAGAAGGACAAGAAGAAGAAGAAGAAGAAGAAAAAGAAGGAUUCUUCUUCUUCGUCUGACUGCUCUAGCGAUGACGAUAAGAAGAAAAAGAAGAAGAAGAAAAAGGACAAGAAGAAGAAGAAGAAAAAGAAAGACAAGAAAAGGGACUCAGAUUCUUCUAGCAGUGAUGAUGACAAGAAGAAAAAGAAGAAAAAAAAAGGCAAGAAGAAGAAAAAGAAGAAGGACAAGAAGAAGGACUCCAGCUCCGGUUCAUCUAGUUCAUCUGAUAGUUCCAGUGACAGCGACAAGGAAAACAAAAAGGACAAGAAGGACAAGAAAAAGAAGAAGAAAGAGAGUUCGGGUUCAUCAGGAAGUGAAACUGAUAAGAAGAAGAAGAAGACUGACUGUCCUGAAGGCGGGCAAAGCACCGAACCGAAAAUGGAAGAGUCGGCUUCAGGUAGCGGUGAAUGUUCUGCCCCCAGUGGCAGCAGCAGCUCCAAGCCCUGUGUCUCUCCAGUAGCCGUCUCGUUUGUACCACUCCCCUCCAAACCUGUCUUAAAACUGGAUCCCUCCCCGGCCUCAGCUGUCUCUAGCACUUCAGUAAGUAUUCCAGAAAGGGCCCACAUUCGCAGACCUCCCAGUCCCAUGGAGGCCCUGAUGGGGAGCCCACGGAGGUACGGAGAGCCAGGGACACGUUCAACAACCCAUCUCACCUCAAGUGAUCUGCUGAGAGGCCCCAGGCCCUACCAGUAAUGACACGUCCAUAUUUGAUCCAAAUAAUUACGUUGCUUGGUUGAAAAUUGUAAAAAAGCGUGUUACUGGACACUGGAGAAGGUUGAUUGUGAUGAAGACCUGUGCUUUAAUGAUGUCCCCUCAGUCCCCUGAUUUAAUGCCCCCAAAAAACCAUGAAAAAUGAAAGGAGUAGUGUUUGGUGUGUGUUGUGUUUGAACACAGAGCUUACUGGGGUAAAGAUGCAUUGCGACAUGAUGGAAAUGUUCAAGUUCUCCUUGUGUAAGAAAAAAGCACGAGUGGAGGAAAUGUCAACUCAUGAUCACAUGAGAUAAUUGCAAACGCUUGCUUUGGGGAAUAAAACAAUUAUUAUUUGUA